AUGCUGAGGCCAGCCACUGUCGAUGCUGAGACUUUGAAUGAAAGAAGAGAGCAAGAUAAGGUCUUUGCUCUUCUCAUGGUCUUGAACCCAACUUACAAUGAUCUGGUGAAGCACAUGCUCAGAUCCAAGACUCUACCAAGCCUGGAGGAAGUUUGCUCUCAGAUCCAGAAGGAACAAGGCUCGUUGGGUCUCUUUGGUAACAAAGGAAGUGACUUGGUGAUGGCCAACAAGAGUGAAGCUGUAGCGACCAACAAGGGUGCUUAUGGUGGUGAGGAGCGAGAAGUGUGGGUAUGUGAGCACUGUAAAAAGAAGGGUCACUUGAAGAACAAGUGCUGGAUCUUGUACCCACAUCUCAAGCAAAGCCGCAAGGACCAGAGGAAGCCAAGGGCGAAUGAAGCUCAUGCUCAUGAGGAGGCUGGCCCCUCAGACCGUGAGAAGGAAGGUGUUGCUAUGAGGGCCUCAGCUGAAUAUGUGAAGAAAUCAGACCUGGAUGCUCUCAUUAAGGCUCUUAAAGAGUCUGGAUAUUGAGUCAAGUAAGCUUCUUGGACAAGGAAUAACCAAGGAUGGUCUUUAUGUUCUUGAAGAUACUGAGCCAUCCUCUCUAUCUAAUGCUUUUGUUUUUAGUUCUGCUGUUGAGAAUAAUGCUUUGUGGCAUGCUAGAUUGGGUCAUCCUCAUCAUAGAUCUUUGAACUUGAUGUUGCCUAAUGUUAAAUUUGAAAACAAUGCUUGUGAGGCGUGUAUUUUAGGCAAACAUUGUAGA